AUGGAGGUGAAAGUGAAGAAACAAGGAGAGCAGAUGGUUGUAGAGGAGUUGAGGAGGAAAGUCUUUGAGGCAGAUGUGGCUUGGCUUCUCCAUAAAGGGUACGCUCACAUGAUGGACCAGGUGAUUGAGAGUGUUGAGUUCUUGUUGGGGGUCUGGCAGAUGAAGGAGAAAUGCAUGGCGGCCAACGUGGAGGGUGGAAAACAAGUGAUCCGGGAGCAUGUUGUCACUGACUUUGCUUCCUACCUUCAUCUUUUUGAGCUUGUUAUGGAAGGCCUUUGCCAAUUAUGCAAUGAUCCUGAUGCUGAAGAGAACCAACCUGAAGGUAGCUCCUCUAAGGUCGGGCCCUCCUCCGGUCCUCUUGGUAAGUGA